CCGAAACGAGGCGUGUACUCGCGCAAUCUUGACUCACGUCCCGUCGCAGGUGUACGCUCGCGGGACCGUCUCCUACACGGCUCGCGGUCCACGCGAUUAUUCUAUUAUCAUUUUGUUUUUUCUACUGAUGGUGCUUUAAUCCGGGACCUUGUUUUUUUUUUACUUGUACCUUUGACCAGUGGUUUUGAACUGGAAAAAAAAAGUGCGGAGCAAAAAUGAGGGGGACUCGGGGAGCCGCGAUGCUGCUGCUCUGCUUUAUCGUCGCGGGCGCAAGGUCCCAGGAGAACGCGGUCAAAACCCUACCCUCGGCGCUUUUUGAGUGCUACGACGACGAGACCCACAAGGGGUGGAACCAGCUGCCCCACAACAUCAAAAUCCUCAUCGAGAUAAUCCGCAAGAUCGAGGACCACUCGGCCCAGCACGUGAAUCUCCUGGACAUGCGCUACCUGUCCACGGCCAUCCUACAUCGAUUCCGCCAGGACGGCAUCGUGAGGAAUCCGCACGUCAAAGCGCGCGAGGGUAUACUCCCUUACGCGCCGCUCGGCAAGCAGUUUUUCCGUCACGCGCAGACGCUGAGGGUUAUACCGGGAAACGCCUUCAACUUCCCCAACGACAGCCUCACCCCCAUUGAGAGGUGUACACUCCACUCGAUGUUGAGCAGCAGCAUCGAUAUUUUUGAGCGCGGCGACGAGAGCCGCACGUGCCGGUUCGCCAACUAUGCUUUCCGCAGAUUCGGCAGGAGCACCGACGAACGCAAUGUCAAGGAAGACGUCGAAACCCUCACCGCCGAGCAAAUAGACCUAAUGACCGGUAAGAGCGGCAGAGACGUGGUGGACCCGAACUCCCUGUACCCUGCCUAUCCCAGGAACCAUCCGAGCAGCGAACGCCUCGUCAACACUCCACCGCUCAGCAAGUGCCCCAUCGAGAACGGCGUCGUUCAAACACCGUGGGGCACAGUUUCCGGUGGCUCCGUCAUUGCCGGUAUAGCCACGGGCCUCGAGCCCAUGAUGACGAGGAUAGACGACCUGAUGAAGCAACAGGUCGAGCCGCGCGUGUCCGACUACGCGAGCGACGUAGUCAUCGACAACAAGUUCCUCGCCACGCUCUCCGGUGAUCUGGCCGAGGUGGCGCUCAAGCAGGGGCCUCAGAUACAGGGCAACCGCUACGUUGUCGGGGUCGAGGGCAACUGGAACUCGACGACCAAGCCGUUGUUCUACUUCUUGAACUCCAACGAGAACCUGGAGAUGACGGGGGCCGAGAUCCGUGGUGACAUUGACGGCCUCAUACUCGCCAAUCGAGUGCUCCAAUACUACGAGAAGUCGCGCAAUCUCAGGCUGUCCCAGGUCCUGGACAUGUAUUACGGCGAGCGCGGCUUCUUCGACAGAAACGUGCGGGCUUGCAAGCGACGCGAGCACUUUGUGACCGUCGCCCCCACUGACACCCUCAAAUCUCAAACGCUGAGCGCGGUGAUUCUUCUGAAUCCUGACAUCGGCACCGCGACCUUUUCUUACGAGACAGUCGAGCGCUUUGUCAAGCAGGCCGUCGAUGAUCUUGGCACCCACAUACCGACGAUGAAUCGUGACGAAAGCUGCGACUCCCGGUCCGAUUCGUCGUCAAUGUCCAAUCUGAUCAGCGAGACGGCGGCCAAUCUGACGAUCGUUAUCGACACGACCUGGCCAUUUGACUCGGUCAACAAAAUCCUGUCGCAGCUCCUACUGUCGGGCCAACUCGACGUCAAUAAGUACAACAGCCAGUACACCCUCGUCAACGCGGCCACCGGCUCUGUCAUGUUCAACUCGAGCCACACCCCCCUUACCACCCAAAACUUUAACCAAACGUUCUACAACAGCCUGACAAAAGGAUUCAAUUUGGCCAUGACCUUGGACAAACUGCGGCUGAUACAGACGGAAAAUCUGAACAGGGAGCAAAAAAUAGGCUGGGGCGGCGGCAAAUCCGACGUCGUUGUUAUUGUGGCUUACCACAGCUCCUUGUCGCAAUAUGACAAGACAUACUGCAACGAGACGCUCAAAAGGAUGCAGGAGGAGGCUCCUGAUGCGACAUUCCUGGUACUGACGUAUGGCGCGAAGGAUCGCUGGUUCGAGGUGGUCGUUAAUCCCGACGAUGACAUCAUAUCCAUCAAUACCAGCGAAAACUCCGAGUCGUUUUCAGCCGUCGAUGCCCUCGUUACAAGAAUAAAACAAGUGCCAAGACGUCUCAUAAACACGCAAUGCGGGGCGAGGUUCGAAAGAAUUGGAAAUUCUCAGUCGAGUGCUAUGAAAGAGACGGUCGCACCGGGUGGCAUUAAUUAUUACAGAAUGCAUCCAAACUACUUUUUCUCCGAUAGUGACAAUCCGCCAAAAAUAAGAGUUCAGUCACUGGACGGCAAUUCACUCUCGGUGUGUACAUCGUCGGAACUUCUCCACGAAAACGCAACAGAGGCCCAGGCCAGGGCCAGUUGUGAGACCGUUAGGUCCGGCAGACCUCACAUCAUUACCCUGAGUUGCGGUUCAGCUAGUUACAUCAGUGAAUGCAAGCCGUUUUACCUCUCAAUCUCCGCGAACGUAACAACCACAAACACAUACGCUUGCAGCGAUUUGGUAAAGUGCAGAUAUCCAGACAGUGUGCAAUUUUCAGUUUCUUAUGAGAACCUCGUCUGCAAAAGCGAUGCGAGCGCAUUGCUCUUUUCGCCGUUGAUUAUGCUACUGAUAUACAUAUUUGCUCAUACUUUAUAAUAAAACAUCGUUUCCUCAUAAUCAUUCAACAUCGCCACUGCCACAUAAUCAAGGAUAAUACGCCAGUUUCACUUCACCCCAUUCGUCGUACAUCGGAACAAAAUGAAUAUGCGACUCGUAGAAGUUUUUUGUAAAAGUCUAUUUAAAAAAAAUCUUUUCCAAAAGAUUUAGUCUUAAGUCUAUACAUUAUGUACAAAUUUUAUAACGAUUUUUUUCACAAUUACUAUUAUACAAUAUAACAAUGUAUUUUUAUCUUUUAAUAUUUAACUAGGUUUAUAUUUGUUUAAAUAAACGGCUUACAAAGGGCUACCAUGUGAUCAA